ACCUCUUAAAAAGUUAAAACCCUAAACCCUUUGAUUCCUAGCUCAUCGACGGCAGCAAACUUGUGAGCAUCUCCGUCUCUUUCUCGCGCUACUUUUGUCUAUCGCGAGUUGCGCCCUCUCAGUAGUCGACGGACAUGGCGAGGCUUCUCCGUUUGGCUUCUUUAAGGCCAGCACUUUAUGCUUCGCAGAAGUAUGGAGAAGGAAUCAUGGCACCUGCAGUUCAAGUUUGUAACUUUUCUUCCAAAGCUAAAAAAAAGUCCAAGUCAGAUGGAUCUGAAUCUAGUGAAGAAAAUCUAUCAAAGAGGGAUCUUGCUUUACAACAAGCCAUGGACCAGAUUACUGAUGCAUUUGGGAAAGGAUCAAUCAUGUGGCUUGGUCGUGCUCAGGCUCCUAGGGAUGUCCCUGUUGUAUCUACAGGAUCUUUUGCAUUGGAUAUGGCAUUGGGAAUUGGUGGUAUUCCAAAGGGGCGCAUCGUGGAGAUAUAUGGUCCAGAGGCAUCAGGAAAAACUACACUUGCUCUUCAUGUGAUUGCAGAAUCUCAAAAGAAUGGAGGUUAUUGUGCUUUUGUAGAUGCAGAACAUGCUCUGGAUCCAGCAUUGGCUCAGUCUAUUGGUGUAAAAACUGAUAAUUUACUCUUUUCACAGCCAGAUUGUGGUGAGCAGGCACUUAGUCUCAUUGACACUCUAAUUAGGAGUGGUUCAGUAGAUGUUGUGGUUGUCGACAGUGUUGCUGCCCUUGUACCUAAAAGUGAACUUCACGGCGAGAUGGGUGAUGCCCAUGUUGCUCUUCAAGCAAGGUUGAUGAGCCAAGCAUUGCGCAAGUUGACUCAUUCAUUGGCAAUGUCACAGACAAUUUUGCUGUUUAUUAAUCAGGUUAGAGCAAAGCUGACCACAUUUGGUGGGUUUGGUGGACCUACAGAAGUGACCUCAGGCGGCAAUGCUUUGAAGUUCUAUGCAUCUGUUCGCUUGAACAUCAGACGUAUAGCCUUCGUUAAAAAGGGUGAAGAGAUUAUAGGGAACGAAGUGUCGGUGAAAAUUGUGAAGAAUAAGCAUGCUCCUCCAUUUAGGACAGCGCAAUUUGAGCUCGAGUUUGGGAAGGGGAUCUGCCGGGAAUCUGAGCUGAUAAAUCUUGGAUUGAAACACAAGCUCGUUAUAAAAGGCGGUGGUGCUAUGUAUAGUUUCAAUGGACAAAACUUUAGAGGGAAAGAUGCAAUCAAGCGAUUUCUCAUUGAUAAUGAGUUGGUACGAGAAGAGCUAGCAACAAAGCUGAGGCAGAUGAUAUUAUCAAUCAAUGACAAGGACAAUAAAGCUAACUCCGAAAGUGAUGACCCAAAUGACGAAGUAUCUGAAGAUUCAAUUACAUCUGAUACAACCGAUGAGGAACUUACUGCCUCAGCUUGAUGCAUCACUUUUCUGCUUGAUAACCCCCAAAAAACUUUUACCAGAAGCUGAGAAGUACUAUUUUGGUGAAGCCUUCAAGUUUUGUGGGUCAUUUAAUGUACGUCGUAUGUAUACCUAUCGUGAUCGAUCAAUGGGAUUGGAUUAGGGCUGCCAAAGUUCCUGUGAGUUUAUGCAAUCAACUACUCAUUAAUAUGUAUUGAAUUUCAGUGACACCAAUAUUUGGUUUGUUCUUGGAAAUUGAGAGUAUGGAAGAACUUGUGCUUUUUA